AUGCGUAAGUGCUUCAGCACAUGCGCGAGAGUACUCAGCCAUGAGAACCCUCUAGGUCUCCCUUCCUCUUCUCGGAAGCCAGUACCACCCACGAUUCCGCGUGCCCAAAGGGGCCUCCCCCAGAAACGCCGCCUUCGCAACGUCUCACACACCAUCGCCGUCUCCAGCGCCAAAGGCGGUGUCGGCAAAUCCACGUUGGCUGUGAACCUCGCACUCUCCUUUUCCCGCCAUGGCUUGCGCACAGGCAUCCUCGACACCGACAUCUUCGGCCCAUCGAUCCCCACGCUGCUCGGGCUCAGCGAUGCAGGCGAGCCCAAGCUCACGGAGUCGAACCUGCUAGUCCCACUGACAAGCUACGGCAUCAAAAGCAUGAGCAUGGGAUACCUCCUACCCAGCGAGGUGGCCCCCAUCGCAUGGCGCGGGCUCAUGGUGAUGAAAGCCCUCCAACAGCUGCUGCACGAGGUGGACUGGUCUCCCGGCCUGGACGUGCUAGUGCUCGACCUUCCCCCGGGCACCGGCGACGUUCAAUUGACGAUCGGGCAACAAGUCGAGCUGGAUGGGGCCGUGAUCGUGUCGACGCCGCAGGACAUCGCGUUGAAAGACGCCGUCAAGGGUGUGGGAAUGUUCCGCAAAAUGCAUAUUCCCGUGCUCGGCAUGGUGCAGAAUAUGAGCGUCUUCGUUUGUCCGCAUUGCCGGGCUGAGACAAAGAUCUUCGCUCCAAAUCCACAUGGCGGCGAACUUGAACAUAAUCAAAACCACGGCCUCGACGGCGCGGAGGCCAAAGCCAGAGACCUCGACGUCGACUUCCUGGGUGAUGUGCCACUAGAUGCGCGAAUUUGUGCUGAUGCCGAUCGUGGUAUGCCCACCGUCGUUGCCGAGGAGGUUAGUGGUGUCAAAAUUAAUACAGGCUACUACGAGCGGGUUGCAGAGAAGACCGCGAAGAAAAUUGGCCUGGAGUGGACCUGA